AUGAGCUACAUCGCCCGCCGCGGUCUCUCGACCUUGAUCCCUCCCAAGAUCGCUUCCCCCAACGCGAUCGGUGCUGCCAAGGAUGCUGCCCGCAUGGACCGCGUCGUGAACUUCUACGCCAGACUCCCCCGUGGUGCUGCCCCUGAAGUUAAGCCCACCGGCAUCAUCGGCCGCUACCAGGCUCGCUACUUCGGAAAGAACCCCUCCGCUGCUCCCCUCGCCCACGCCAUCGGUACCAUCCUGAUCCUGGGCUACAGCAUGGAGUACUACUUCCACCUCCGCCACCACAAGAACCACCCCCACUAA